GGAAGUGUUUGAGGAAUGGGGAGACAAUUGACAGGGUUUAUUGAGAGCGUGGCAGUCAAACUGGGCUGUGACAAGUGCCUGGACUAUCACAGAGGCUGUUUGUCUGGAGAGGAUCUUGGAAACAAGGAGGAAAAUCCAGCUGGAUUUAGAUACGAUGCACUUCAGGGCGAAGGUUGCCGAACUGCCCCCCUCUCGGGACAUGUGGGAUUUGACAGUUUGCCUGACCAGCUGGUGAAUAAAUCAGUAAACCAUGGCUUCUGCUUCAACAUCCUGUGUGUGGGGGAAACGGGGCUGGGCAAAUCGACACUCAUGGACACCCUGUUCAACACCAAGUUUGAAGGGGAACCGGCCUCCCACUCGCAGCCCGGGGUCCAGCUCAAGUCCAGCACCUAUGACCUUCAGGAGAGUAACGUGAGCCUGAAGCUGACCGUUGUGAGCACGGUGGGCUUUGGGGACCAGAUCAAUAAGGAAGACAGCUACAAGCCCAUUGUGGAGUUCAUCGACGCCCAGUUUGAGACUUAUCUCCAGGAAGAGCUAAAGAUCAGACGGGUCUUGCACAGUUACCACGACUCCCGCAUCCAUGCCUGUUUGUACUUCAUUGCUCCCACUGGCCACUCCCUGAAAUCGCUGGACUUGGUGACCAUGAAGAAGCUGGACAGCAAGGUCAACAUCAUUCCCAUCAUUGCCAAGUCCGAUGCCAUUUCCAAGAGUGAACUGACAAAAUUCAAAAUUAAAAUCACCAGCGAGCUUGUCAGCAACGGGGUCCUUAUCUAUCAGUUUCCUACCGAUGAUGAGUCCGUGGCGGAGAUCAAUGGGAACAUGAAUGCCCAUUUGCCGUUCGCCGUCAUCGGCAGCACAGAGGAGCUGAAGAUUGGCAACAAAAUGAUGAAGGCCCGGCAGUACCCUUGGGGCACCGUGCAGGUUGAAAACGAGUCCCACUGUGACUUUGUGAAGCUGCGGGAGAUGCUGAUCCGCGUGAACAUGGAGGACCUGCGGGAGCAGACCCACGCCCGCCACUACGAGCUCUACCGGCGCUGCAAGCUGGAGGAGAUGGGCUUCAAGGACACAGACCCAGACAGCAAACCCUUCAGUUUACAGGAGACGUAUGAGGCUAAAAGGAAUGAAUUCCUGGGUGAGCUGCAAAAAAAGGAGGAGGAAAUGAGACAGAUGUUUGUCCAGAGAGUAAAAGAGAAGGAAGCGGAGCUCAAAGAGGCAGAGAAAGAGCUGCAUGAGAAAUUUGACCGCCUGAAGAAGCUGCACCAAGAUGAGAAGAAGAAGCUGGAAGAUAAGAAGAAGUCACUAGACGAUGAAAUGAACACAUUCAAGCAGCGGAAGACAGCGGCAGAGCUGCAGUACUGCCAGGGUCAGCAAGCGGGUGGAUCACAGACCCUGAAAAGAGAGAAAGAGAGGAAGAAUUAACCCUGCUGUUUGCUGCAUGCUGCAUGAACCCCAGUGCCCCGCUUUUUUUAACCUUGUCUUCGGCAACCAUGCUGAGUCUAAAGAAGACUGUUGCGGUAGAAGAAUUAGGGGUCUUAUAUUGUCUGAAAACAAAACCAAGCCUCUACCCCCACGCCCCCCUCCAAAACUCGUCAAUGUUCAUGUCUCGGCCAGAAGCUUUCUCCUGACUUGCAUGGUAUUUUAAGUGGAAGCAUCCUGUCUUCAUGUAACAAGGCAGAUCACUGGGGAGACCUCCUGCUUUCUGUGCCCAUAAAACUUGGAGGAGCGACAGAACGUACUAAGAGAAACAAGGUACCCUUAUGCACCCUUGUAAGCCUUCAGGCUGGAGCUGGGCCCAAUCGAUCCUGGGUCUGGAGGUCCCAGAUAGAAGAAGUAGUAGUCCCCCCGCUCAUGGUUCCUCGGACUAAAAUGCCAUGGCCGCUUUCAGACUUUUCUAAAUUUGAAAGAAGUCUUUAAAGGCAAUGGUCCUACCUCCUGCGGCAUCCAGGAAAAGCAACGGUGUCCCCUUGCUACCUGCUGACCAGGUGAGCAGGUGAACCGAGGAAGUGGGUUCAGUUGGCUAAGACACUUGUGAGUCAUUCAACUUCCUUGGGCCUUUUGGAAUGAAAGGAGAGUGAAUUUCUUUUUAGGCCAGGAGAUUCAGGGGAGAGCCAACGAUAGCUGGUAAAUCCAUCCUGAAGCGUUCGUUUGACUGCCAUCAAAAUACCAUGUGAGUGGACUCCCUGGUUCCUGUCACAGUCCCUCCCCGCCCUCCACCCUCUAUUCUAUCCUGUUUUGCUUGUCUGGUUGUCUCUCUUGAAAGAGCCCUUCUGCAUGUUUUCCCAAAUCUGUAUUUGUUUUUCCUUUCUUUUCCCUUUCCGUGUCCCUUUUUGCCUGUGAAGAUGUGACCCGUCAGGGCACCGUGCCCUCAUCCCCCCGAGAAAUCUCACACAACCAGCACUGUUCAGCAUCAAGCCUUUCUAAUGUCUGUCAGUUUUCAAUAAAAAAAAUAAAUGCAAAAAUCAAAA